UUGUCCUUAUCCUCAGAGCAACAGUGGGAAUAUGGAGAAUGAUUCAGACAAGAGAUAAUGGAACUCCUCUGUUAGGAUGCCACAGUGUAAAUGAAACAGGUUGAAGAAGAAGAGAAGGGUCAGGAGAUGUGAGAACCUGGACUGGACUGAGUCUGCUUCUGUAUUCCAGUAAAGACAAGAUGUGAUCCUGAUGUAUGAAUGUAACCUCACAGAAAGAGAUGGAUGGAAUAGGAGGAGAAUAAACAGCAGACUGUUUAUGUGUGACAUCAGUUCAAGGAUACUGGAGACAAAAAAUGAUAAUGAGCAACCAAACUGUCAUCUCCAAGUUCCUCCUCCUGGGCCUACCUAUUCCCUCAGAGCACCAGCACUUGUUCUGUGCCCUGUUCCUGGCCAUGUACCUUACCACCGUCCUGGGAAACCUCCUCCUCAUCAUCCUCAUUCUACUGGAUUUCCAUCUCCACACUCCCAUGUACCAGUUUCUCAGCAAUUUAUCAUUCUCUGACCUCUGCUUCUCCUCUGUCACAAUGCCCAAAUUGCUAGAGAACAUGCAGAGUCAGGACCCAUCCAUCUCCUAUGUGGGUUGUCUGACACAAAUGUACCUUUUAAUGGUUUUUGCAGACAUGGAGAACUUCCUUAUUCUGGUCAUGGCCUAUGACCGCUAUGUAGCCAUCUGUUACCCCCUUCAUUACAUCAGCAUCAUGAACCCCAAGCUCUGUGUGUGUCUGGUAGUGCUGUCUUGGGUAUUUACCAUGCUUUAUUCCCUGUUUCACACUCUGCUCUUGGCUAGAUUGUCAUUCUGUGGGGACAACGUGAUACCCCACUUCUUCUGUGACAUAUCUGCCUUGUUCAAGUUGGCCUGCUCUGACACAUAUAUUAAUGAACUAUUGAUAAUUGUCUUGGGAGGGCUCAUUAUUGGCAUCCCGUUCUUACUCAUUGUUGUGUCCUAUGUACGAAUUGUUGGCUCUAUCCUAAAGGUUUCGUCUGCUCGGGUUAUCCACAAGGUCUUCUCCACCUGUGGCUCCCACCUCUCUGUGGUCUCACUGUUCUAUGGGACAAUUAUUGGGCUAUACUUAUGUCCAACAGGUAAUAGCUCUACUGUGAAGUAG